AUGGAAACCCACCGGGACCCGAGAGAUCAGCCGCGUAAGGAGUGCACUGUAGGAAGCUACUGCCACAGCCCUCAGCAAGCACCCUCCCGCUGUCUCACCUGCCGACGGAGGAAGAAGCGUUGCCAUAGAGACGCCAUGUGCUGCCCCAGCAACCGCUGCAGCAACUAUAUCUGUGUCCCUAUCUCGGAGAGCGUCCUCUCACCUCACAUCUCAGCCUUGGACGACCACAACAAGCUCUCCACCAAGGACAGCACUUCCAUGUUAAGACUCCUUUCUCUCCCUCCCUUGACCAGGACACGAGGCGACCCGUGCCUGCGCUCGUCGGACUGCUCCGUGGGCUACUGCUGCGCUCGCCACUUCUGGACCAAGAUCUGCAAGCCGGUGCUGCGGCAGGGCGAGGUGUGCACCAAGCAGAGGAAGAAGGGCUCCCACGGCCUGGAGAUCUUCCAGCGCUGCGACUGUGCCAAGGGCCUCUCCUGCAAGGUCUGGAAGGACGCCACCUCCUCCUCCAAGUCCAGGCUUCACAUGUGCCAGAGGAUCUGAAGGGUGAGGCAGGGCUGUCUGCCGAGGCCUUUCUCUUGUCUUCCUCCGACCUGCUUUCGGGGGAGGAGAACCAGGAGUGACAUGAGAGAGAGACUUGGAAAGAGAGAUUAAGAGAGAGAAUGGAAGAUGCUAAGGGCUGGUUGAUACCCAGCAAAACUAAAGCAAAGAAGAAGGUUCUUCUGAGAACAUUUGGCACCGUUCCAUGUAUGAUUCUUCCUGUUUGGUUGUGUUCCAGCUCAGAACAUUCCACACAGUUCUGAGAAUGUUGCGUUCAUCGUUAAGUUGUGCAGCGGGUUCUCGAGGACUUUAUGCAAAAUAACUUCUUUAUGUCGAAGGCUCUUCACAAAGUUGGAUGUGGUUUAUGUACAAGUUCCUUAAAAUCUUGCAUAUAUUUUCACAUCAUGAAAAGAAAAGACAUAUCUUUAUUACAGCCAUCAUUAACCAACGGCAUAGAAACAUCAUCCUCUUCCUAUCUAUCCUGAUGAAGGCAAGACUGCUGUGAUGCACCCUUCGUUUACUAGUUAUGUUUGUUUUUGGCACAUAUUUCACAUAUGAUAUUUUCACACUAAGGGAACCCCAGCUAACCGAUACAAGCGCUAUUGUAAUCUCACUAUUCUGAUUAUAUUUGUAGCGUUCACUCCAAUAGUGUAACCAAUGUGGAAUCUCCAAACGAAUAGCCGCCUACAAUAACAAUGACUCUCAAACCAACAUGUAGGCUCAACCAUGCUAGUAAAGAACAAAAAGCAUAUAUGUUUUGUAUAGAUUAUGAACAUAGAUAUACAGGUAACUGCCAAAAUAAAGGAACAACAACAUAAAGUGUUUCAACAGGUCGUUGAGCCACCGCGAUCCAGAACAGCUUCAGUGCACCUCGCAUAGAUUUGACAAGUGUCUGGACUCUAUUGGAGGGAUGAGAAGAUGAGUCUUCCACAAGAAUUUCCAUCAUUUGGUGUUUUGUUGAUGGUGGUGGAAAAUGCUGUCUCUGGCACCGCUCCGGAAUCUCGCAUUCGUGUUCAUUUGGGUUGAGAACUAGCCUGGAUUUGUCUCAUUUGAGUCUAAGUGUAGACGUAUGCCAUAGUAAGGCUAUUAUUAAGAGCCUGGAAUCCAAACAUGUUUAGUUUUCUAGAUUUUGAUAGAAUCCAGGCUAGAAUCCAAACAUAUUCAGUUUGAUUGCAGGCUAGAAUCCAAAGAGAUUCAGUUUGAUUGGUUCAACCACAGGACUGGAGGGUCAGUGGUGUAGAACUGAUACCAGACCCCAAAGUGCCUCCAGUCCCCAAAUGACAUCCAUAUGACUGGAGCUGAGACACAACCAGGAAUCCAGGAAUUCAAUCAGGACAUAUUGAACACAUGGUUUUAUCUGUUACUACUAUUACAAUUUCUGAAAAUAUUACCGUAAUUGCAAAUAUGCCCAAUAACCUUUGCUCUUUCCCCACAUUUGCGAUCUGUAUUCAUUGAUAUGAUAAUAUAAUUCACUAUACAAUACCUAUGAAAUGUGACCUGCACCUUCUAGAAUGUUUUAAUCUUUUUUAUUUCUCAUGAGUCUGGGAAAAUGCUUACUUUUUACACAUGUCUUACUGGAUGUACAGUGUACCUACCUGCUCAUUGUUUUUCAUAUUAGAUGAUUUUCAAUGUUAAACUUAACCAGUUGUUCACUACAGUACAUAGUCAAUGCAAUAAUAUGUACCUCCAUUUUGUUUUACAUUUGUUUUCCAGGCACCAUUUCCACCAGUUUUCUAACGUCAAUAAGCUCUUAUAUUGUAUAUAAUGUGGAAACGAUUGAAAUUGUAUUUAAGAAUCAAUGUAUAUCAUGUACAGAUAAUAAUAAACAUUAGAAAGAUAUUAAGGUAACAACAAAAAGGAUUGGGUGAGAUGAUUUAAAGGGGACAUUGCAGCAAGGUUAGUUCAAGUCUGUCGUGUAGGCACUGGUGGCCCUGGGUGGGCUUGGGCCCAAUCAGAUUGUGCGGUGUUUAUAGACUCUCUACUUGUCAGUGUUCCAAAAGGGACAUUAUUGGUAUUUUUACCUAAACAUGCGAACACCAUCAGAUAGCCUUCACAGCAAGCAGUGCACUGGAAUGACGUUCAUAUGAACUGGAAUGACAUUCACUUUCAUGGGAUGGGUGGCCAAAAAUAAGUAACUGAAAGCCGCACACCCAAUAAGCCACGAAUAUGACCGCAUUGAGGCAAAUGUCACUGUCCUACUGUUUUCAGCAGAUAUUUUCUGUGCAUUUACAGUGAUGGAUGAAUAAAUAAAGAAUGUAUUUUGUAUUACAAA